GUAUAAUCUCAAUCACUCACGUAACCUGCACCCUUGCUCGCUGAGGCUAAAGUUCGAUUUGCGCACUGGCCCAGGCCCUAGCUAAGUGGCGAUCCGGCUUCUCCUUAUACAACAUCAUACCACUCAAUCCAUAGUUCCCGCUAGGUACUCAAGGGAGGCAACGACCCGGCGCCCCGCCUCCCCGAGCUCGCCGGUCGGCCCUCCUGCUGCACACAGGGCUCACAAACCCCAUCUCCUCGCCGCCGCUGCCAGUAAUCGCCAUGGCCGCGGCGGCCACCAACGGUGCCACCAUGCGCGAGGCCUACCCGCCGCCGCCCUCGCUGUUCAACCUGUACCGCCCGGAUGACGGCGUGUCGCCGCUGCCGCCCGGGCCCCCGCCCAUCCCCACGCCCGCGGACGUGUCGGCGCUGCGGGAGCGCAAGGUGGAGCUCAAGGUGCUGGGCAAUCCCCUGAAGCUGCACGAGGAGCUGGUGCCGCCGCUCACCACCGCGGCGCUGUACCGGCCGGCGGGUCCGGACGGACACAUAGACUUCAAGUCUGAGCUGCGGCGGCUCAGCCGCGAGCUGGCCUUCAUGCUGCUUGAGCUGACCAAAGCAGUGGCGGAGCAGCCCGGCAGCUAUGCCUCCCAGCUGACGCACGUGAACCUGCUGUUCGCCAACCUGGUGCAGCUCACCAACAUGCUAAGGCCGUACCAGGCACGUGCCACCCUGGAAGCCACCUUGGGCCUGCAGCUGUCCAACAUGCGGGCGGCGCUGGGCCGGCUGCGGCAGCAGGUGGCGGCGGCAGAUGCGGCUCUGGGCGGCAUGGCGCGAGCGCUGGUGGAGGCGGGAGAGGGGGACAGCGCGGAGAGCGCGGCACGACCUGCAGAGGCGGGGACAGCGGAGGCGGGGGCGGCGGGUGCUGAAGCUGGUGUUGCAGCAGGGGAGGGGGCAGGGACAGAGGCGGCGGUGGCGGCGGCGCGAGGGGCGGAUGCGGGCAGGACAGCGGCUCCGGACGCCAUGGAGGAGUUUUGACGCAGGGCAGGACACCCGGUUGGCUGGCUGAGCGGAGACUGUGUUGGGAGAGUAAGCUCAAGUAGGACAAGUAGCGACUAGCAACUGACGGGAGGUGAGGAUUAAAUCAGGUUUGCGGAAGAAGAGGUGGGCGGUGCGUGGUAAGUAUCAGGUCUGAGUGCAUCCGUGGGGGAUGAGGAAUUACGGAAGCGUGUUCACCCCCCCCCCCCCUCAUUUGGUAACGACUUCAUCUGCA